CCCUCCUCUGUACGCUGGACUAUUUAUAUCCGUUCUUCUCUGAGUUAGGGUUUUGCUGGGCCUUCUCGUUCUUCGCCACCACCACCGCCGCCGCUGCCGCCGCCGUAUCAAGAAGGAGCCUGCGAAGAUGGUGAAAGGCAGGCAAGGGGAGCGAGUUCGGUUGUAUGUCCGAGGCACGGUCCUAGGUUACAAGAGAUCUAAGUCGAACCAGAAGGAGAACACGUCGUUGAUCCAGAUCGAGGGCGUGAACACCAAGGAAGAGGUAGCUUGGUACUGCGGGAAGCGCCUGGCUUACAUCUACAAGGCCAAGGUCAAGAAGGAGGGUUCUCACUACAGAUGCAUCUGGGGAAAAGUUACUCGCCCUCAUGGGAACAGUGGCGUUGUCCGGGCUAAGUUCAGGUCCAACUUGCCACCCAAAUCGAUGGGAUCCAAGGUUAGAGUUUUCAUGUACCCGAGCAACAUUUAAGGAUUUAGUGUGUUUCUACGCGGUUGCAGCAGUUGAAGAAUAUUUAAACGUUGCCCGAGUUUAUUCAGCUGUCGUCAAGCCUAUUAUCUUGUAGUGGAUAAUUAUCUCUUAUCCUUGAUUUUUGUGUUGACAAGUUCGAGUAGUUUGUUGAUGUCUGGACUUAUUUUUUCAUGUUAAAUUUUGUCUGGUUGCACUUUUAAUUAAUGCUGUUUAGUCGCCCUAUAUUGUGUGAACAUUGUGAUCCAAUUCAUUUCGAUGCGGGCAUGAUUACCUUGUU